AUGUCUCUAAAGAAUUCUUGGAUUAUCGUAUGUGGUCUUUUAUUUACCUUUUUACCAAGAUGUCAUGCCCCACCAGUAGAUCCAUCCGACUCAGAACCAACCAGUGAGCUACCCGUAGCCUCAAUCCUAAGAACUAUAGUUCUCGGCUAUAUGGCACAUAUCGUAACAGUUCGACCACAGACAGGAGUGGAUAACAUGGGUACAAAUGUUGCUCGAUUUAUAUGCUUUACGUAUCCAACAUGGGGAAUCAGCAUCGCUUUUGACGCAAUACAUGAUGCAUACUAUGCCGAUAAGAUUCUUGGGAUCGACAAUUUCAAAAUCCUGUUAAAGAAGUAUGAGGAAGAUAAAGAUACCACAAGUAAAAAUGAAGAUCAUAAAAGUCUCGAUUCAGCCGAGCUAAUAUCACCACUAUCUCAGAAUGAGCUUAUACCAGAAUAUUCCCCAACUUUGAAAGAUGAUGAACAAGAUUCUCCUUCGGAUGUUAUUCUAUCAAAAACAAAGAAUUUAAGAGACUGGCUGGUAGACUACAUGGCAAAAAACAACACACCGGUCAAGGAAUACGAUAACGCUCCUUAUCUGGCUGCUCUUCUACAUACAAUAGGGCCCAAAAAAGCCAAAAAAGUAAAGCAUUGUAUACUAAACAAGCAUAUGCUUUUGGGAUUUGACUCCAGAACUUAUAAAAAUGUACCAAAGCGAGAAGAUACAAGAACCGAAAAUAUAUCAGUUACCGGCCCUGGAGCAGAAUGUGAAUAUCAGUCCAAUAUUCAGGCAGAAAACAUUCGGUACCUAAAGACAGAAAUGAUAAGCAAGAUACGCACCUCUUACAACGUGGACAACAUUUCGUAUAUCGAGACAUUUAUUACAAUAGUACAGCUCUUCUUUACCACAAUUGAGUGUAUGGACAUCAAUGGAAAUAAAUGGGCCAAGCUCAUCAUGAUUGUAUACACUGCAAUGUCAGUUAUUCAAACACUAUCUCUUGUUAUUCUACACAAGCAAACAGAGCCUUUCAGCUUGCACUACAAUGAAGAUGUGCCUUGGAAAGAAGUUUUAGUUGAACGUGGAGCAAAAGAGCCAUCUGAAGAGGCGAAAAUCGAUUUGGCUGACGAAGAUAUAGAGGAGACUAGCGACUGUUUUAAAAAGCAUCAGAGCGAUUUAUUUUAUAAAAACAGUUUCUUGCACUUUGUUAUGGAGAACCGAUACUUAGAAGCAGAAUCAGAUUCUAUUUUAACAAACUAUUCCGAAUCUACUACUAUUGCGUUUUGUCUCUUUGGUGGAAUGGCAGGAUCUUUGUUGAUUGGAAUUUGGGCUGACUACAGUAGCCACAGCGUAGUUCAGUGGAUUGUUUUAGCUUGGAUCCUCAGUCCAAUGUUGAUUUUACUGGGAACUAUUAUUGACGGGUUCUCUCCUAAUCCGGAUAGCGACACAUUUAUUUUUCUUAGUAUUAUGGUCAGUGUGCUUUGUAACUUUGGAUGUAUUAUCGCUGCGACAAUUUACGGGUAUAUAGUAGAUAACGAGCAAGGCUAA